CGUUUUCCCUUGGAGCUGCCGGUCGGCGCCGGUGGGCCAGUCAGCGGCCCCUGCGCGGUUUCGUGAUUUGUAGUCGUGAAUCAUCAGCACGCACAUGGCUUGAUCCGUCCUGAUCUGGCCUGCGGAUUGUGCGUGCGAGCGAUGAGCGGGCUAACCACUUCGGGUCUUGUCAUGAUUAUGUCUGCUUGGAUAUAAGAGGCUUGAUUUCGCCGGCAUAGUAAUCGCAUUUUCAGCCAGGACAACAGCCCACAGACAAGACAAUCUCCUCUCUGCGCAAUUAAAUACUCCAACUUUGAGUUUCAAGUUUCGAACAACACAACACACCGCAAAACAUCGCAAUGGACUACUCAUACUUCAACUCGCAGCACUCGAGCGUCGGGCUCCCGCCUCUCUACAUCAAGAACAACAGCAUGCCAUUCGACAACCUCAACGAAUCUGGCAUCUACCAAAGCCUCGACAUCGACCCCAGCUACCCGGACCUGUCAACGGCGAUGGACUUCAAGAUCCCGCCGCUCAGCUCCAUCGAGCCCGAGCUGUACCAGCCAGGCCCGCUCGACAUCAACCUGGCCCCGCGCAGAACAGCCUCGUCCUCUUCCUCCGUCACCCCGACUGAAUCCGACUCGGACUCGCUCCGCGAAUUCCGGAGCUCCGUCUCACAUGAAAUCGAUUCCGCCAUGCAGGGCCACAAGACGAAGAAUGUAAAACGCCGCCAACAGAACCGCGACGCCCAGCGCCGCUACCGCGAGCGCCGCGACGAGCGCACAAAAUCCCUCGAGCAGACCGUCCACGACCUCGAAGCCAAGCGCCAAUGGCUCUCGAACAGCUUCUUCCAGAAAUCGCAAGAAGUCAACCAGCUCUUCCGCGACAACGGCCUCCUCCAGAAUGAAAUCCAGGAGCUAAGGCAGCGCUGGCAGAUGAUGAUUAUGCUCCUUCAACGGCCCAAGGCGCUGCAGUCCCUUUCGACGCUCAUGGCCGAGGACGUUGGACUUGGCGCGGCGGUGUUUGGGACGCCCGUUGAGCCGGCGAGGCUCGAUGAGUUUUUGAGGUGUCUGGAUGCGGUGCUUGUUCCGGAUGCUGGUGCGACGAAUUACCAGAGUGCGACUAAUUAGUCGGCUCUUGGGUUUUUGUUCUAGUGGCUUUUUUUUUUGUUGUUUUCCUCUGCUCGAUUUAGCCAGCCUUGUCUCUUUCUACCUAGAUCUGGAUUGAUUCCAGCACUCUCUCUGUAUUCUGGCCCACGCCCAAGACAACAGUUUGAUCAUGUCAUGUAUUUAAUGAGGAGUUGGUGGUUUUCUCAAAUAUACGCCAAGCUACUAAUCAUCGGAUUUGGAUUUACUACAUGAUCCACGCCGCUACUACUGUCUAUCUGAUACUCGUGACACUCCCUUUCUUCUCUCCUGCAGAUUGCGUUCUCAAAAUAAAGGCACAUCUCGACCUGGCGACCGGAGCGUCCCAAAGAUAUGCAGCGCAACUAGCUGCCGUGGCUUCUAUAGCUUCUAGC